AUGACUCGCAUGCUUUCCAUCCUAGCCACUGCGGGCAUAGCAGCUGGAGCUCUCUACGGCGUUGACGGCCGUCCGUCACCAGUCGCUCCCACGCCCGUCAAUACGGCGGCCGACAUCCAGUAUACGUCAACUGCCAGCGCCGACGUGGCGGCGGCAGCGGCAACGGCCAAGACUCAGUCGCCCGUGUCGAACGUCAAGGGGAAAGCCUUCAACCGCAUCGUGCAGAUCUACCUCGAAACCACGGCGUACGAGAACGCCAUUGCCGACGCGAACUGCAAGGCCCUUAUAAAGCAGGGCAUACUGCUGUCCAACCUCUACGGUGUGGCGGCUCCCAGCCAGCCCAACUACGUGGCGCCGGCCAGCGGUGACUAUUUCGGCACCAACAGCGACUCGUUCCUCCUGGUCGACCGCAACGUGUCCACCAUCGUCGACCUGCUCGAGGACAAGGGCAUCAGCUGGGGCGACUACAACGAGGGCCUGCCCUACACCGGCUUCGAGGGCUUCGAGUACUCCAACCCCGUCGAGGGUGACUACGCGCGCAAGCACAACCUGCUCGUGCGCUUCGACUCGGUCACGCUCAACCCGGACCGCCUGGCGAAGCUCAAGAACCUGACGCUCUUCUACGACGACGUGAAGAAGAAGCGUCUGCCGCAGUGGGCGUUCGUCACGCCCAACCUCUACAACAACGGCCACGACACCAACAUUAGCGUCUCGUGCAACUGGACGCGCACCUUCGUCGAGCCGCUGCUGAGGAACCCCGGCUUCGACGACGGCAACACGCUCGUCUACGUCACCUGGCAGGCCAACGGCCAGUACCCGACGGCCCGCAACCACGUGGCCGGCAUCCUGCUGGGCUCGGCCGUGCCCCGGAGCCUGGCGGGGACCGUCGACGACGCCUACUACAACCACUACAGCGAGCUGUCGUCGGUCGAGGCGAACUGGGGCCUGCACACCCUGGGCCGCUGGGACGUCGGGGCCAACGUGUGGCGCCUCGUCGGCCGCAGGACGGGCGACGCGGUCCGCGCCUGGAGCGCCAGGGUCGCCGGCGACAGCUUCGCCAACUACUACUGGAACCAGAGCUACGGCGGCGUCUUCAGUAGCGCCUCCAACACGUCGCACCUCUACGUCGCCCCGAACCUCGGCAUCCUCGGGGGUUACUGCCGGACCGUGCUGCCCGCCAUCGCCCGCCUGUGGUACGGCUCGACCCUGCCCGGUUACUACCGCGACAUCAUCGAGGUGCCUGAUGCUCUGCAUCCGCCCAAGGGCUACGGGGUGCCCAUCGGGCUCGAGCCGGCCGAGCCCAUCACGACUCCCAUCCGUGUGUAUCCCGUCUAG